CUCCGUUCUCAGUAGUUUGUGGGAAGUGUGUUCGUUAAAGCCCGCAGGUAACAGGGUGUGGACCUGGGGAGUACACUGCUACCAAAAAAUGGAUGUUUACACGGUUAUGGAUGACGUAAAUUAAAAAGAAAAGCCGUCUGGAUUUGGUGAAAAUGGGUGUGUGCUGUCGGAGCCUGAAGGACACCAAGGUCCUGAUGAAGAUGGGUUUGGGCCUGGUGCUGGUGGGUCAUGUGACCUUCCUGCUGGGGGCGCUGGUGCAAGGCACGGUGCUGCGCGACGUCAAAGUCACCGCUCAGACCGCCACCAUCGAGUACGCCAUCUCCAACAUCAUCGCCCUGGUCGCCGGCCUCGUGGCGGUAAUUGGCGGGAUAUCGGCCAUCGCGCUGUCGAAAAACAUGAAGAACCAGUCUCUGAAAUGGUUGUUGUUGGUGAUGAGCAUCAUGACCUGCUUUCUGGGCGUGGCCUCAGCCGUCAGCGUCUGCGUCUCCAUGGCGAUGGCCAUACGCAACCACGGCUCAAGCCUUCUGAAGCAGUGCAAGCUGGACGGAGUCGUCGACACGUACAGCGUCACGGACGAGUGUCCCUUCGACCCCACACGCAUUUACGGGACGACACUGACCCUGUGGGUGCUGCUCAUCAUCACGUCGCUGAUGGAGGUGGUGUUCUCCACUCGCUGUUUCUUAGCCUGCAUCAGCUUCCUGCGUCUCCCCUGCCCCUGGAGGAAGAGACCAAAAAAAUCCAGGGUGCGUUUCCGCGUGGCGAAGAACUCCUCUGCCUCCUCUGCCCCCUCGUCCCCUGUCCCGUCCCCGACCGACGAGGCACCUGCAGAGCAGCACGAACUCCUGAACACCGCCUCGCCCACUGAGGAGAACAGCUGGAUGUGAGCUCGAACGCCGUCGCACCUGCAGGCUCCAAGAUAUGGGUUCAUCUCCUACUUCGUGCGUACAUACAGGAGACCUCAAACGCCCCAAUCCUGCAACAGGAACUGCUUUCUUUUUUAUUUCGAAUCAAAUUCGGGAAUUUGGAUCUAUAUGAUAUGGCCAAAAGUAUUGGAACACCUGACUUUUCCCACCCAUAAGCGCUUCUUUGUUUUGGACGUCUUUGAAUGCAUGAAAAAAAUUUUCCCCUUCACUUGAACUAGGAGACCCAAAGCUGCGUGACACAAAGUGCUCAAAUCCAGCUUCAUGAAGAUCUGCUUUACAUAGUUUUGGAGGUGGGGGUUAUUAUUCGAGGUCGACCGAAUCGUUGGUUUUGCCGAUUAAUCAGCACUGAUAUUCGAUUGCUGGAAAUGUCGGUAAAAAAUCCAUGCAGGUUAGUUUUUCCAGGUUGAAUCUGUUUUGGUGAAUGUCUGCUGCUGUAACACAGUACGAGAGUGGCCUCUAGAGGCGAAUCACUGACACCACUUGCUGUUUAUUUCGGGCCUUACUUCAUUCAUGCUAGUUCAUAAUCAUCAUCUUCUUUCGGCUUCUCCCAUUAGGGGGCGCCACAGCGGAUCAUCCGUCUCCAUACCCCCUGUCCUCUACAUCUGCCUCUUUCACACCAACUACCUGCAUGUCUUCCUUCACCACA